GUGAAGCAUCUUCACACCGCCGCCGCCGCCGGGGAGUCCGGAUCAGUGAAGCGAACCCACCGGACCGGAGAGCCGCGCUCUGCCUCUCUGUCUCUGUCCGUCUCCAAACUUUGGAGACUUUUACGCGUCGGCCGGGCGCAUUUUGGAUUGUUCUCAUUUGGAGUCUCAAAAGUUUCUGCGCGAGAAAAAAAACUUCAAACUCCCCAAAAAACUUCCCUCGGACUGAGGAGGGAGAAUGAUUCUGCAGGAGGACCAGCGGCCGCUCCAGUGAACACAUGGAGUCCUGUACAGGCGGAGGAGGAGGAGGAGGAGGAGGAAAGUGGAGGCUCCGUCAUGUUGUCCCAGUCGUGCUGCUGUGGAUGAGUCUGCACAGACACGCGCUGGGCUGCAGCUCCACACUCUGUAACCUGGUGCUGACGGAGGCCCAGGGGGAAUUCACGUCGCCCUGCUACCCACAGAAAUACCCCAACUCACAGGCCUGCAGGUGGACCAUGCAGGCCCCCACCGGCUUCAUCAUCCAGCUCUCCUUCCUUGACUUUGACCUGGAGGAGGCGCCGGGCUGCAUCUACGACAGGGUGGUUGUGAACACAGGAAACACAGACGUUAAGUUCUGCGGUCCGACGGCCAGCGGGCUGACGCUGAACUCAACGGGGAACGUGAUGGAGCUGUCCUUUACCUCCGACUUCAGCGUGCAGAGGAAGGGGUUCAGUGUUAGCUUCAGACACGUUGCCGUGGCUCUGAGGAACCAGAAGGUCACCAUAUCCGGAAGCAACAGCCAGGUCACCGAGGUCUCCAACUCUGUGUCCAUACCUUCGCUCAGUCACCUGACACUGUGUUUUGAGGUGGAGCGCAGCAGCCAGAAACAGAAAGAGUGGAUCUUCACCUACUACGACAGCAGCAACAACAUAGCUCUGAGUCUGGGCUCCGAUCAGUCUGGUAUGAAGAUGAUUGUUGACGGGGUGGUGUGUUCGAUAGACUCCAUCAUCUCCUCCUCUGACUUCACCUCCACAAUGAAGCAGUUCUGUGUCCUCUGGACUUCGUCAAAUGGCCGAGUGGCAGUUUAUUUCAACAGGAACUACUGGGCCAAGACCUGCUCCUCCUCUGUGGGGCACUCAGUCCCUGCUGGUGGACGGUUCCAGUUAGGAGGGCAGCACAGCUUCAACGGGAACAUCUACAACCUCCGGCUGUGGGACUAUGCCAUGACAGUGCAGCAGGUCACCGCGCUGAGCUGCGACACGGUGGGGAACGUCAUCGACUGGGACAACAGCCACUGGAGCAUCCCGUCCACCAUGGCCCAGACUGACACCACACUCAGCUGCAUCUGCUUCCCUCAUUGCAUUCACUUAACUACUGCUGCGCCAACUAGUGGUGUCUCCCCGCCCAGCAACACACCCCUCACUACCAGCUGUGACUCCCCGGGACUGGGCUGCCCAGCCCCACAGACGCCAACCGCUUCACCUGCUACCACUAACCACGCAGCUACUAACCCCACAACACAUGUUGUUCCGUCUCCACAAACAGUCACAGGAACUCCACCGCUGGUAGUAACUACUAACCAACCGACCACUAACAUAGCUGUCACUACUGCUUCCUCUCGGGAGGGGCUGUUCUACCGGGUCUCUUUUAUGGUGGAGGACGAGGAUGCGGCGCUGACCCAGGCUGAGGUGGAGCGAGCUGUGUCUCUCUGGCUCAAUCAAACAUUUCUGAACUGGACCCACGCCGUCUACGUGGACUCUGUCAGUGUUCAGCCUGCUGUGCAGAGCGGACGCAGCCCCACCAGUUACACGUGUCAGGCCCUGCUGGUUUAUUAUUACGUCACCAAUGAGAGUCUGGGUGAAGCUGCCGUGUCCGCCAGGCUGUCCAGCAGUGAGGGACUCAUGAGGACCGGCCUGCAGAUCCAGACUGCCUCCACUCAAGUUACAUUAGUUGAAAACUGUCCGGAGGAGAAUCCGCUCCAUUACCGCUGGCCUGAGAGCAGACCCACCAUCACUCAGUACCUGCCCUGCUUCCCCAACAAGGACCAGAGCACCUCCAGGACCUGUUUGAUCAACAGACAGAAUUUCUCCUCUCAUUGGUCAGCGCCAGACGUCAGUAACUGCACGGACAUCGACACCAUCGAGGUGUCAGCAGAGAAUGCAGCGGAGGUAGCGGUGCAGCUCGCCGUCAUCACCGACAACGAGCUGUCCAAUGAAGAGGUGUCUAAAGUGGUGACCAAGGUGAAGGAGCUAGUGAACGUGGCGAAGAUCAACAGCACGUUGGCCUCGACUGUCGUCACCAUCAUCUCCAACGUCAUGACCAGCACUGAGACGGCACUCGCCACCACGUCUGAGACAGCUCUGAAGACCGUCGACGAGUUGGUUCAGAAGAUCGAGUUAGACGGUCCGUCCAUCAGCAUCACCUCCAAACACCUUGCUGUGGGAAUAUCCGCCCUCAACACCACCCUGUUCAACGGGACCUCAUUCAGCGCCUUCAUAGAUCCAAACUCCACCGACCCACAGGUGGAUUUUGAGGCAGAGAGCAUUAACCCUUUAGCUCAGGUCACCCUUCCUUCCUCUCUGCUGUCCAGCGCCUCCCUGAGUGACGCCGACCGAUCGUCUCUGUCCAGGAUCAACUUCAUGUUCUUCAGCAGCACCAGCCUCUUCCAGAAAGAGCAGGACGGACGCUCUCUGAACAGCUACGUGGUGGCGAGCAGCGUGGGGAACUUCUCCAUCAGUGACCUGAGGGAGCCGGUGGAGAUUGAGAUCGCUCACCUCUCUGAACAGCCGAACCGGAGCCCAGUCUGCAUGUUCUGGGACUUCACCAUGAACAAUGGAGCUGGAGGCUGGAACGGAGACGGCUGCAGAGCAUCCAAAGAAUCCACGAGCAACAAAACCAUCUGUCUGUGUGACCACCUGACGCACUUUGGCAUCCUCAUGGACAUCUCUGGAGCCUCACCUCACAUUGACCCAAAGCACAACAAGAUCCUGACCUUCAUCACCUACAUUGGCUGCGGCAUCUCCGCCAUCUUCUCUGCCGCCACGUUGCUCACCUACAUCGCCUUUGAAAAACUGCGGCGUGACUACCCCUCCAAGAUCCUGAUGAACCUCAGCACGUCCCUGCUGCUCCUCAACAUGGUCUUCCUAUUGGACGGCUGGCUGGCCAGUCUGGAAACCGAAUGGCUGUGCCUGACCGUGGCCAUCUUCCUGCACUACUUCCUCCUGACCUCCUUCACCUGGAUGGGGUUGGAGUCCAUCCACAUGUACAUCGCUCUGGUCAAAGUCUUCAACACCUACAUCCGCCGAUACAUCCUCAAGUUCUGCAUCGUGGGAUGGGGUCUCCCUGCUGUGGUGGUGGGGAUCGUGGUUGCGGUGGAUAAAAACUCUUAUAGCCUGCAGGAGUACGGCAAAGGAGAUUCAGAAGAGGGAUCCUCAGAGUUCUGCUGGAUCCAGAACUCGGUGGUCUUCUACAUCACCUGCGUGGGUUACUUCUGUCUGGUGUUUCUGCUGAACGUGGCCAUGUUCGUCGUGGUGAUGAUGCAGAUCUGCGGCCGCAAUGGCAAACGCAGCAACCGCACACUGCGAGAGGAGGUUCUACGAAACCUGCGCAGCGUCGUCAGCCUCACCUUCCUGCUGGGGAUGACGUGGGGCUUCGCUCUGUUCGCAUGGGGGCCUGUUAACCUCGCCUUCAUGUACCUGUUCGCCAUCUUCAACUCACUGCAAGGUCUCUUCAUAUUUAUCUUCCACUGCGCCCUGAAAGAAAACGUCCAGAAACAGUGGAGGAGAUACCUCUGCUGCGGACGCUUCAGACUGUCUGACAACUCAGACUGGAGUAAGACAGCAACCAACAACACCAAGAAGGUGAGCUCAGACAACCUGGGCAAGUCUCUGUCCUCCAGCUCCUUCGGCUCCAGCACCGCUAACUGGACCUCCAAAGCUAAAGCUACGCUCAACCCCUUCACCAAGAGACACAGCAACUCAGAUAAAUGUUACUCCAACCAGACCAGCCCCAAGUGCGUCUCCUCAUGCUCCUCCUCUUCAGAGGCGGAGCCCAACUCCUCUUCCUCCUCGUCCUCCAUCCUCCCCGUCAGCCAGAUGAUCGACAAGGUGAAAGGUUACUGCUCCACGCGCUCCGACAACUUCUACAAGAACAUCAUUAUGUCCGACAGCUUCGCCCACAGCACCCGGUUCUAGAUCUGUCCUGCAUUUUCCACCUUCUGGAACUGUCCCGUGUUUUGGAACUGCCCAAAUUGCUCUGGAAACUGUUGUGACAUCAUCCUCCCAGCAGCCUUUGGGACAGAGGAGGCUUCUGCCUAAGGUUCCGAUAUAAAGCACGACACUGGAACCUACCUUGCUGUUCUGGAACAAUUAUUUAAGGCUUUGCUUUUGUUCUGGAACUGCCACCCAACACGCGAGAACCUUUUGUGUUCUUGAACUACUCCUAGUAUUCUAGAACUCUCUGACGGCCUCAGCAGUUAAGUCUAUCUGUGUUCUGGAUCUGCUCCAAUCGUUCUAGAACUCCUUUUCACCAUCAGCCAGAGAGACUAGAAUUCUAAGGGCCAUCAAUCAAGCCCCUAAAAUAUUCUAGAACCCUCCAGGAUUCUGAAACUACCAGAGCAACCUUCAAGAACUCUCUGACAGCCUCAGCAGUUUAAGAUCCUCUGUUCUUGGAAGUGCUUCAGUCAUUCUAGAACUUCUCUCCUAAGUCAGCCAGAAAGACCGGAUCUUAGAAUUCCAAGGGCCGUUAAAGAAGACUUCUGAAACUCCCUGACAUACAUUCUAGAACUCUCUGGCAGCAGCAGCAGUACAGGAUCCGUUGUAUUGUGGAACUGCUCCCAUCAUUCUAGAACUUUCCUCCAGCGUCAGCCAGAAAAAAGAAACAAAUGAUUUUACAAUUCUAAGGGCCAUUGUAGAAGAAUUGGUAACCCUCCAGGGUUCAGAUACUCCCUGACCAACAUUCUAGAGCUCCCUGACAGCCUCAUGAGUUUAGAAUCCUCUGUUCUCUGAACUGCUCCAAUCAUUCUUGAGUUCUUCUUCAGCGUUAGCCACAACGAACGGAUUUUAGAAUUAUGAGGGCCGUGACAGAAGAAUUUGAGAUCCCUCCUGGCUUCUGAAACUCCCUGACCAACAUUCGACAGUUGUAAAUCAUGUUCUAGAACAUUUGGUUUUCACCCCACUGUCUUUCCCCUGUCAUUGAGGAUACAUGCAUCCUUCCUUGCCCCUGGAGCUUUGAAUCAGAAUCCCUGUUGUGGUUUUAAUUGUGAUGUGUUGGAUGUUAGUGUUACAUUAUGUACAUUGUUUUCAGGCAGGCGGCCCAGUUUUAACUGUAAUUUUAGACUGAUGAGCAAAAAUUCAAGAUAUGUUUCUGUAUCUCGUCUUUAGAAUUUGUGAAGAGCUGCUUAUUUUGUGUGGAAGAAUACUAAUUAGUAGGCCAAGGUGGUAUUUAUUUUUUGAUACCCUCCUGAAAUUUUACUGGGGAAUAAGGCUUUUUAGUGUGUGGUGUGCCCAACCCCCCAUCCCCUACUCAACCGGGGACUUGCUAUGUUCUGCAAGCUCACUUGGCUUUUGCGGUCUAAUGAACAACCUCAAAAAGCUCUCAAAAUCUCAAUAAAGGUAACAUUCUUACACCUAUUUAUUUAUAAAGCAGAGAAUAACAAGCAUUCACCUCCGCAGUGCAAGCUUCUCUCUUUCACUCUCUUGCCCUGUUGACUCCUCAUAAAACACACUUCAUUCAAAAUUGACAGAAAAAAAAAAACGCCACCAAAACCUUCUUGGUUGGUCUCGUUAGUCGUUCAGUUAGUUAGUCCACUGUUACAACAAUCACCAACUCUGGUUUGGUCGCAAAAAAAAAACCUGAAUUCACAGAGUUAGAUGUGAAAAUCUGCAGUCUCCACCAGCAGUUUACAGUCCUCUAACAUUAUCCCACCACUCGCAGCCAGUCACCACAUUUGUCAGCUCAGCUGCCUGUUCCACCACACUGACCUCUGUUGGCAUGUGAUGUGCACUACAUGCAAAAUAUCCUCAGUGCAGCCUCUCAAGUAUGAGGGUAAUAGAAAGAUGAGUGUCUGUAUUUUUGAUGGUAUAAAUGUAUAAAUACCCUGGUAUACCGUAAUACCAUGAUACCGCCCAGGCCUACUGAAUAGUUAGCACACAGUUUUCCUCAGCACCAACUCACCAUAAACAGCUACAUGAUUUAAACCAGAGCGCAAAUAUCUGCUAAUCAACAAAAAUCUGCCUGUUCCUGCAGAAUGUGUUAAAAGCAGCCGGUGCCACAAACUGUUAAAAACCCAGAGACCAAGUUCAGAUCAUGAUAGACAACGCCACAUAUUAUGGUUUGAAACCCUGGGGUGUCUGAGCGCUCCGGGGCGGUCAGAGAACAUUGCUGCGAUUCUACUGUAUCAUAUUAAAUUUCAGAAUCGGCUGACCUGGCUGCCAGACUGCGUAACUGAGAGGAAACUAAA